AUGAAAUCGAAACAAUUUUUUACUGAUUUUGAACGAGUAUGCUUCAAUAUUCCAGCCGAAACAGAUAGCUCACAGGAUUCGUCUACGAUUCUAUUCUUCUAUCUAGAUUUGCGAAACGAGGGAAUAGUUCAGCAUUUCCUAGACCAGUUUACGUUUGAAAUAUGUUCCAGAAUUCUCCCAUUAAAGCAGCAGCAUGCUUUGAAAAAAACUUUGGUUCAUUGUCUGAUAUUUAAAAUAGCGCAUGGCAAAUUCGGAAAGCCGGUCUUUUCGAACCGUCCAGAUUACAGUUUCAACAGUUCCGAUGAAGAAUCGAUAUCUUCCGUUGCAGUAUGCUUUCAUGGAGUUAAUCCAAUAGGAUGUGAUUUGAGCAAUCCAUCUGAUAUUGGAGGAUUUCAUCUUUCGGAUCUUCGUGACUUCUAUAAAUAUGAAUUUAGAGAUAUAUUUACGGAAAUGGAGACAAUAGAACUUGAUAAGAUGUUUAAAAGCAAAUAUUAUGCCGAUAGAAACAAUCAACUUCAAAUGCUCAGUCAGUAUUGGGCAAUUAAAGAAAGUCUCAGUAAGAUGGACGGAUAUGGGCUUAAUUAUGGACUACGAAAAUAUGAAGUUCUUGGCAUAGGGCACCCCACUGAAUUCAUAAGAUCAAACAAAAAAUCGAUGAGUAAAAGUUUAUUCGAAUAUCUUGGAAAUACGGAAUUGAAGCCAGUUGGCGAGCCGAAAUCUGGAGUUAGAAACGCAUGCUUUACGAUACCCGAAACCAGACUAAUUUGUUCUGUUGUGGGUAGAUAUAGUUCUGUGAAAAUAAUCAAAGUUGAUGCGGAAGGAAUCUCAGACCUCAUAAAAAGUGCGUUUUCAAUAAAUAUAGAUGCUGUAUAA